AUGGCGUCGCCCAGCGUUAGCGGCCCGGCGCUGUCUCUGCGCGUGGUGGCCGAGUGCGGGCUGAGCAAGGCCCGGGCCUGCGAGCUGUGGCUGCCGCACGGCCCCGUGCUCAGCCCGGUCUUCAUGCCCGUGGGCACGCAGGGCACCAUGAAGGGGAUCACGGCCCGGCAGCUGGAGGGGCUGGGCUGCCGCAUCUGCCUGGGCAACACCUACCACCUGGGCAUGAGGCCGGGGCCUGAGCUCAUCAAACAAGCCAACGGCCUUCAUGGGUUCAUGAACUGGCAGCAGAACCUGCUCACGGACAGCGGCGGGUUCCAGAUGGUCUCCCUGGUGGAGCUGUCCGAGGUGACGGAGGAGGGCGUCCGAUUCCGAUCUCCGUACGAUGGGGAAGAGAUCCUGCUGACGCCGGAGAAAUCCAUCGAAAUCCAGAACGCGCUGGGCUCAGACAUCAUGAUGCAGCUGGAUGACGUGGUGAGCAGCACCCUUACGGGGCCACGGGUGGAGGAAGCCAUGUACAGGUCAAUUCGCUGGCUGGACCGCUGCAUCGCCGCCAACAGCAGACCCGACAAGCAGAACCUCUUUGCCAUCAUCCAGGGCGGGCUGGACCCUGCCCUCCGCACCAAGUGUCUGGAAGAGAUGAUGCAGCGGGAUGUGCCCGGCUUUGCCAUUGGGGGGCUUAGCGGUGGCGAGGCGAAGGAUCACUUCUGGAGGGUGGUGACCCUCAGCACCGACCGCCUCCCCAGGGAAAAGCCCCGCUACCUCAUGGGGGUCGGCUACGCCACGGACUUGGUGGUCUGCGUUGCCCUGGGCUGUGACAUGUUCGACUGUGUCUUCCCCACCCGGACUGCGCGCUUCGGCUCGGCCCUGGUGCCCUGGGGCUCCCUGCCGGUGAAGAACAAGCAGUUUGCCAAGGACUUCCGGCCCAUCGACGAGAACUGCGACUGCCCCACCUGCCACAGGUACAGCCGGGCCUUCCUGCACGCCCUGUUCCGCAGUGAGACAGCAGCCAUGCACCUCCUCACGGUGCACAACAUCGCCUACCAGCUGAAUCUGAUGCGGUCGAUCCGGGAGAGCAUCGUGGAGCAGAGGUUCCUGCAGUUUGUCCGAGACUUCAUGAGAACCAUGUACAGCGGCCAGGAGCGGUACCCGCUGUGGGCCGUGGAAGCCCUGGCCUCGGUCAAUAUCACCCUGGAGUGACGCCGGGGGGGUGUUUUACAAAGAAGAUGAGCUUGGAGGGGCACAGAGAAUCUUUUUGGCCUGGAUUAUCCCAGCAACCCCACCUGGCAGAUCUCCCUCAGCCCCCUGCGGUCGAAGGGGUCAGAUGUGCAGCCCAGCUGGCUGGAAGGCUCAGGAACAAAGCCGCCCCAUUUUCUGAGG